AUGGCUCUGUCCCUGUCCGGCGAGUCGGUCCCCGGAGACGGCGGAGACGCGCUCGGGAUGAGCCCUGGCCUCGCCUCCUACUAUCCCUCUUUCCUCCCUCCCGUCCAGUACUUCGAGGCGGCCCCCGACUUCUUCCAGCCCCUGAAACCCCUGGCGGGCUGCGAGGGCUCGGCCCGCGGGACGGGGGCCUUGGGAUCGCCGUCGCCGCCCUAUCCGAGCCCCCUGCUAAGGACCGCCCGCAGCCCGGGGGCCGACGAGGCAGCGGGGCAGAGCUGCAAGUACCGCUUCACCGAGGAGGAGCUCAACGCGGUGCUGUACGGGGCGCUCCGGAGCAACCAGCCGACCGGGAGCCUCCACGCCAUCUCGGGGCUCCGGGUGUCCCCCGCCAGCUCGGGCGCUGCGGACUCCCCCGCCUCGCCGCUCGACUGGGACUCGCUGCAGUUACCCGAAGGGCUCUCGGUGUUGCGGUUGACCUACGGGGACGUGUCUCACCUCGGAGUCUUCUGCACGGACCCCAUCCCCAAAGGAGUCCGCUUCGGCCCUUUCCAAGGCAAAGUGAUCAACACCAGCGAGAUCAAGACUUACGACGACAGCUCGCUGAUGUGGGAGAUCUUUGAAUACGGUCGCUUGAGCCAUUUCAUAGACGGGAAGGGCGCCGCUGGUAACUGGAUGUCUCUGGUGAACUGUGCCAGAUUCCCCGAGGAGCAGAAUCUGACGGCUAUCCAGUGUCAGGGAGAAAUCUUCUACGAGACCUGCAAGGAAAUCUUCCCUAAACAGGAGCUGCUGGUGUGGUACGGUGAUUGCUACGUGCAGUUCCUGGGCAUCCCCAUCAGCUUGAAGGCCAUGUCGGAAGGGAAGCCUCCGCAGCACCCCGAAGAAGCCGGGGACAGCUUCAAGUGUGAGCGCUGCGGCAAGGUUUUUGCCUACAAGUACUAUCGGGACAAACACCUCAAGUACACUCGCUGCGUGGACCAGGGGGACCGCAAAUUUCCUUGUCACCUUUGUGACCGAUCCUUCGAAAAAAGAGACAGGCUGAGAAUCCAUAUUCUACACGUUCACGAAAAGCACAGACCUCACAAGUGCUCUGUGUGUGGGAAGAGCUUUACUCAGUCCUCCAGCCUGAACAAACACAUGAGGGUUCACUCUGGGGAGCGCCCCUACAAAUGUGUCUACUGCAAUAAGGCAUUCACGGCAUCCAGCAUCCUGCGCACUCACAUCCGCCAGCACUCAGGGGAGAAGCCCUUCAAGUGCAAGCACUGCGGCAAAGCCUUUGCCUCACAUGCAGCCCACGACAGCCACGUGCGGCGCACACACAGCAAGGAGAAGGGCUGCACGCUGCCAGCACUUCCCUGA